GCCAGCAGCGGCGUGUAAAUAAAUGCUCCUGGCACGACGCGGCGACUUGACCACAUCUCGUCCUCCACGCAUUCUAGACACCUAGACACUACUAGAACUACAGCAGCGACUCAACUCGCCCAUAAUGACAGGAGUACAGACGACACAGCAGCACGCCGGGCCAUCGCGCCUCACGCCCCGCGCCAACCCCAACCUCUCGCCCGAGGUCAUCGUCGUCGGCGGCGGUGUGGCGGGCGCUACGCUCGCGUACGCGCUCUCGCACGCGGGCAGGCAGGUGCUCAUGCUCGAGCGCGACCUGUCCGAGCCGGACCGUAUCGUUGGCGAGCUGCUCCAGCCGGGCGGCGUGGCUGCGCUCGCUGCCCUCGGGAUGGCGAGCACGCUCGAGGGCAUCGACGCGACCCCCGUCGAGGGAUACUGCGUGCUCUCGGGCACGCGGCAGGUCGGCAUCCCGUACCCCGACCUCGAGACGUACGUCGCUGCCGAGGCGAGCACGGCGAACGGCAAGGCGAACGGCAAGGCCGUGUCCAAUGGCCACGCGAACGGCAAGGCUAACGGCCACGCCAACGGCCAUGCGACCAACGGCCACACGGCCAUCGGCGAGAAGGAGCACUGGGCCGUCGCGACCGCGUCUGGCCGCAAAGAGGGCCGCUCGUUCCACCACGGGCGGUUCAUCCAGGCGCUGCGGGCGAAAGUGAUCGACGAGAGCGAGGCGAGCGUGCUGGAAGCCACCGUCCGCGACCUGGUCUACGACCGGGUGACGAAGGAUGUCGUCGGCGUGACAGUCGCCAUCAAGCCCGAGGACGGCGACUCGGAGCCCACGGUCCGCGAGAUCCGCGCGCCGCUCACCAUCAUCGCGGACGGGUGCUUCUCCAAGUUCCGCCAGCAGCCGGGCACGCGCCUGCCCACGCCGAUUCUGCGCUCGCAUUUCGUCGGCGUCGUCCUCAAGGACGUCGACCUGCCGCUCCGGUACCACGGCACAGUGUGCCUCACCCCCCAUGGGCCAGUGCUGCUGUACCAGAUCGGCGACCGCGCGCGCGAGAUCAGAAUGCUCGUCGACGUCAAGGGCAAGCUGCCGAGCGUCGCGAACGGGGAUCUGAAGAAACACAUCCUGACAGACUUCCUCCCCCACCUGCCGGCAGAGCUCGCGCCCGCCAUCCGCGCCGCGCUCGACACACAGCGCCUGCGCACCAUGCCCAACAGCUUCCUGCCCCCCUCGAUGCAGGGCACCGGCUCGAGCCCGCGCGGGACGAUCAUGGUCGGCGACGCGUGGAACAUGCGGCACCCGCUCACUGGCGGCGGGAUGACGGUCGCGUUCAACGACGUGGUCCUGCUCACAAAGUACCUGAGCAUCGACGACGAGCUGCCCGCCGGCGCGCUGGAUCGUUGGGACGUCAUCGCCGACCGGCUGCGCGAGUGGUUCUGGGCGCGCAAGGGCCUGUCGGGCACCGUGAAUGUGCUGUCUAUCGCCCUGUACGACCUCUUUGGCGCGGCAGACGACGACCUCGCCGUCCUCCGCGAAGGCUGCUUCAAGUACUUUGAGCUCGGGGGCGAGUGCGUCGCCGGCCCGGUUGGUCUCCUCUCGGCCCUCACGCCAAAGCCCCUCAUCCUCUUCUACCACUUCUUCUCGGUCGCAUUCUACUCCAUCUACAUCCUCUUCACAGAGGGCCUGCCCACAUCGGGCAAGCGUGCCGCCCCUGCAUGGUCAGAGUUCCCCGGCCUCUUCCUCUUCUCAUUCAAGGUCUUCUACACUGCAUGUGUCGUCUUCCUCCCCGUCAUGGCCAGCGAGUUUAGGAUUUAACACGAGCGAGCCACGCCGCCACGCUGCCACUAGAGCCCGGUGCUACAGUGCUAGACUGUAGUUUUUUUUGGGUCGAUAGAAUAUAUCCCAUGUACAUGCACGCUUUCUACCAGAU